AUGCCAGUUCUAGUAAAUGGAAGCCCUACAAAGGACUUCAAAGUGUGUAUAAUACUGAGACAAGGUGAUCCACUUUCACCCUUUCUCUUUGCCAUAUUAGUUGAGGACCUUAUAGUGAUGUUGGAAAAACCAGUUACUAUUGGAGCAUUCAAAGGCUUUCAUGUAAAUUACCAAAGAUCCUACAUACUCAUGCGUUUUGUUGAUGGUACAAUUCUAUUAGGUGAAGGUUCUUGGCCAAACUUAUGGACCAUUAAGUCAAUCCUUAUAGGAUUUGAAAUGGCGUCUGGUCUAAGAUUAAAUCUCGGCAAAAGCAAACUUUAUGGAAUUGGACUAAAUGAUCAAUUCUUUCUAGUAUCAACUUUAUUCCAAUAUUGUUGCAUAGACAAGAUUCCAUUUAGAUUUUUGGGUAUUUUGUGCGAUUUAGCCGUAAACGUUAUGCAAGUUGGAGACCUAUGGUAG